AUGCGAGUACCUAAAGCUGCCAUAUGGCCUUCACCAUCCGACGACCUAUCCAACUCCGAGCUGCGUGCACUCACGGAUGGGCAUGCCUCUGCAAAAGUACUUCGGACGCUAAUGGUUGCCAACAAAGGGGAUUUACUGCGAUGGGGGAAGUCGCAACAAUUCAUCCACUUCUGCAAGACUCGGCUUGGACUCAAGAUUCAACCGCUUGAUUCAUACAAUAAUUCUCUCGUCGAUGCCAUCAUCCUCAGAGAUAAUGCAACCCACGGUACGAACAAUGGCCUCUCCUACUAUUCACUUGGGGCAAAUAUCCCAAUCAAUGAGGCCACUGAAAGCCUCCAUAGAUGGGCACAAUAUGAGCUUGCUCAUGUCGGCGGCUUUAUUGGCUCGGGGGUUGAGUCUUCCGAUCCCAUAGCUCCAUCCAAGGUAUUUCAUUGCAGUCCAUGCCACUUUCGAACUCUUCAACUGACAAUAUAUCUAAUUAAGACUCCAAAGUCUUCCAUUGAAAAUGACCUCAACAUAUUCGACAUUGAAGACCUCCUUAAGUCUCAAGGUUCGCGUUCCACACUCCUGCUUUUGGUCAACGCCAAUGAGGACGAUGUAACGCGAUGGAUUUUGGUGCCAAUGUUCCAGAACUUUUGCGUUAAAGUGUUUCAGAUGCGUCAAUCUAUUGACUUACCGGACUAUGUCCGCGGAACUGUACAGCCAAGGAGCUCUAUCGAGCUGUCUCUCGAUUUUGUCAAUGACGCAUCUAUUCCAGAAGGGUCCCCUCCCGACACUCCCUUCCUGGCCGGUCCAUUGGCUGGCAAGUCUGUCACUUUGAUCUUGGCUCAUCUUCAAAGUUACGCCCAGAGACUUCUCGACAUCACCAAAAUUCCAAUCCGACUCGAAGGGAAAACAAUCGCUUGGUGGCUUGUUGAGGCCUGGCCCUCUAUCAAUGUCAAUGAGCCCGUUUCUAUGUACGCACUCCCAGUUCAUCAACCGGUAAUUCCUCAAGACGUGCAGGACCGAAUCGUGGAAUGGGGUCAAGACUACAGCCUGGAGACAUUGGCCGGCGUGCUAGAGUGCGAGAGAGUAUUGGAAAACCGGAUGUCGAUGAAUGGAUUCAAGUUGAACAUCAAAAUGCCCAACAAGGUCUUGACCUUCAUCAAAGAUCGUUUCAGUCAGAUGGCCAUUGAGACCACGUCUGGUAGCAUAUCAACGGGUUGUUUCAUGGAUGAGAAUUUCUUUUUACCCCUCGUCCGUCAAGCCUCUCGUGGGGAGAUUGAGGAUGGCGAGACAGUCCGCUUCGACUUUGUCAAUGAACACGUCGUCUUGCAUUCUAACCAUGAUGUCAACUCACAUUACAUCAUCGGCUCAGGGGUCGCAGUGGAUGGUGGCACCAGUGUUGCUAUGUAA